CUCUCCACCUCUCUCCUCUUUCUCUCUCGCUCCCUUCCUCUCUGCCACUGAACAGUGAAAAUUCACAUUGUGGAUCCGCUAACAGGCACAGAUGUCAUGUGAAAACGCACAUGCUCUGCCAUCCACGCCGCCUUUCUUUCUUUUCUGUCUCCUUUUUUCCCCUUGAUCCUUCUCCGUCUUCUUUGUAACUAACAAAACCACCACCAACUCCUCCUGCUGCGGCUGCCCUUCCUCCUCCUCCUCAGUCCAAGUGAUCACAAAAGAAACCUUCGAGCCCGAGGCGGUGGCAUUUUUAAAAAGCAAGCACACUGGAGAGAAAGGAAAAACAAAAGCAAAACAAAACCCAGGCACCAGCCAGCCAGGACAUUUUUGCACCUUUCCUGAAAACAAACAAACAAACAACAAACAGCCAUCAAAACAGUCACCAGCAACAACAUCCAAACUGUUAGCUAGCCGCGGCGGCCACCGUCACCCCGUGGCCGGGGCGGCUUCCUGAAGGGAUGGUCCUCUCCCGGGAGCAGCUCUUUGCAGACCACCUUGCCUGGUGCUGAGCGGGAUUUUGGGGCUCUCUGGGGUUCCGGCUGGGAGCAGCUUCAUGACUACACGGAGCAGGACAGCGGCCACACCAUGCGAGCACAAAUUGAAGUGAUACCAUGCAAAAUUUGUGGUGAUAAAUCCUCCGGGAUCCACUACGGAGUCAUCACCUGUGAAGGCUGCAAGGGAUUCUUUCGAAGGAGCCAGCAGAACAAUGCCUCAUACUCCUGCCCAAGGCAGAGAAACUGUUUAAUAGACAGGACCAACAGGAACCGUUGCCAACACUGCCGACUGCAGAAGUGUCUUGCCCUGGGAAUGUCAAGAGAUGCUGUAAAGUUCGGAAGGAUGUCCAAGAAGCAGAGGGACAGCCUGUACGCCGAGGUGCAGAAGCACCAGCAGCGGCUGCAGGAACAGCGGCAGCAGCAGAGUGGGGAGGCCGAGGCACUCGCCAGGGUGUACAGCAGCAGUAUCAGCAACGGCCUGAGCAGCCUGAACACUGAGGCCAGCGGCACUUAUACCAACGGGCACGUCAUUGACCUGCCCAAGUCCGAGGGGUACUACAACAUAGAUUCUGCUCAGCCGUCUCCCGAUCAGUCAGGACUGGACAUGACUGGAAUCAAACAGAUAAAGCAAGAACCUAUCUAUGACCUCACAUCCGUACCCAACUUGUUUACCUAUAACUCUUUCAACAACGGACAGUUAGCUCCGGGGAUAACCAUGACUGAGAUUGAUCGAAUUGCACAGAACAUCAUUAAGUCUCAUUUGGAGACAUGUCAGUAUACAAUGGAAGAGCUGCACCAGCUGGCAUGGCAGACCCACACCUAUGAGGAAAUUAAAGCAUAUCAAAGCAAGUCCAGGGAAGCCCUGUGGCAGCAGUGCGCCAUCCAGAUCACGCAUGCCAUCCAGUACGUGGUAGAGUUCGCAAAGCGGAUAACAGGCUUCAUGGAGCUCUGUCAAAACGAUCAGAUUCUACUUCUCAAGUCAGGUUGCUUGGAAGUGGUUUUAGUGAGAAUGUGCCGUGCCUUCAACCCAUUAAACAACACUGUUCUGUUUGAAGGAAAAUAUGGAGGAAUGCAAAUGUUCAAAGCCUUGGGUUCUGAUGACCUAGUGAAUGAAGCAUUUGACUUUGCGAAGAAUCUGUGCUCCUUGCAGCUGACCGAGGAGGAGAUUGCUUUGUUCUCGUCUGCUGUUCUGAUAUCCCCAGACCGGGCCUGGCUAAUUGAACCAAGGAAAGUUCAGAAGCUUCAGGAAAAAAUUUAUUUUGCACUUCAACAUGUGAUUCAGAAAAAUCACCUGGAUGAUGAAACCUUGGCAAAGUUAAUAGCCAAGAUACCAACCAUCACGGCAGUUUGCAACUUGCAUGGGGAGAAGCUGCAGGUAUUUAAGCAAUCUCAUCCAGACAUAGUGAAUACACUGUUUCCUCCAUUAUACAAGGAGCUCUUUAAUCCUGACUGUGCCACGGUCUGCAAAUGAAGGGGACGGAAACUGUCUCAUAGCCACAGAAUGCAUCACCAUUAAGACAAAAGCAAUGUGUUCAUGAAGACUUAAGAAAAAUGUCACUACUGCAACAUUAGGAAUGUCCUGCACUUAAUAGAAUUAUUUUUCACCGCUACAGUUUGAAGAAUGUAAAUACACACCUGAGUGGGGCUCUCUCGUUUGUUUGUUUUUGAAACGACCAUAAAUAUACAAAUAUAGGACACUGGGUGUUAUCUUUUUUUAAUUUUACUCGGGUAUGUUUUGGAGACAACUGUUUAUAGAAUUUUAUUGUAGAUAUACGAGAACAGAGAGGUACUUUACAUGAUUACUUUUCUUGUUGAUUGUUCAAAUAUAAUUUAAGAAAAUUUCACUUAAUAGGCUUACCUAUUUCUAUGUUUUUAGAUAGUUGAUGCAUGUGGAAAUUUUUAACUGUCUUGGAAAGUACUGUGCAUGUAUGUAAUGAAUAUAUAAUAUGUGAGAAUAUUAUAUAUGACGAUUACUCAUACAUGCACUGUAGCUUAAAAUACCAUGCCCACUAGCAAUGGCAGUUCAGGCAGGCGUUCUUAUGUUAUUUAAUUUCCAUGUGAAAUAUUACUUUUAUGUUAGACAAUCAGGGUUUUUUCCAGAGUUUUCAUCUACAGUCGUGGCAAGAUGGUACCACUUCAGAAGUGAGUCUACAAAGGAAUCAAUGUAAUGCAUAGCCUCUCUCUCUAAAGAUGCCAUUUCUAUCAGUGACUUCAGAGCCUUGUCAAGAUGACACAUACUGAGGGGGUUAAGGCAUUUGGAGCCAUUUUCCUGUUUUACAAAUUGGGAUGCAGAUAAUAGUGCAAAGUCCAGGACUUUUUUGACCGAACAAUAGAUAUUUCCUAUUUUUCACCAGAACACAAAACACUGUUUUUUCUCUUUGGAUUUGUAUUUCCAGUUGUGGAAAAACCUUGACUUUGGUGCUCAUUAUUUCUUCAACCAAAAACAUGCAGUUUGUAGAUUAUGACCACCAGCAAUGUUUUUUUUAGAAAAAAAAAAAUAGAGUAAAAGUAUAAUCCAAGGCCCCAAUGCCAUUUUAUGUAAACAUUUUCUAACCAUUUUUUCAAACAACAGAAAGAAAUAGAACAAGCAAAGAAGUAAUUCAUUAUACACCUACUCAUUCUGAUUUGUUAGAAAAAAUCAGUAAUAUAAGAGAAAAUAGGACUUUCUAUGUUUUAGCCUGAGGCCUCCAAUUUUUUCAACUCCAAAAUAUUAUAUUAUAAAAAUA